AUGACGAUCAGCGAUGACGUUUCUCAUAUAAGGGGGCAUAAAAUCAUGACCAGACUGUUUGUAGAGUUCGUGAGUUUAAUAGAACAUAAUCCAUCAGAGGCCCAUAAGCAUGAUCAUGGGUAUGUCGUCCAUAAUGCAUGUCAUUCUCUUAAUGAGGUAUCGUGGGAGAAAAUUCCUGACUUCAUCGUCAUAUUUUACGAGUGGAUUUUGGAAGGUAGCUUAUCAUUUUCUAGAGCCAUGAAGAAAUGGGCCAACGGGAUUAUCAUUGUUAUAAAGGAGGAUCCCAUGGAUAUCUCGGGAUUCCUCUAUGGUUGGGUACAUGGCCCUUUCUCCUAUAUAAUAAACGCGUCAUGUGUGGACCCACCUUAUUUGUAUUUGCAUCGUGAAGGUGAAGUUUAUUUGGAAGUUUGUAAACUUCAUGAUGGGGGCACGACAAACAAGCGGCUUGGUGGUAAUAACUGGGUUUUUUGUUCUAAGGGUAGAAUGGAUAAGAGAGUUUCAUUCACCGACAUUGGAAGGGAACACUAUAAAAGUGAACAAUCAAAUUAUUUAGCUCCAGUGGCAGGAGGAGACGACGAUCCUUACGCGACAAUGGUGAGGAACAAAGACAAUCAGAUCCGAGACUUUGACGAUGACGACGAGGAAGACGAUGCUUCUCUCCCUCCUUUACUAAAGCACCUUCCCAAGGACUUCGGAGUUAUUGACGACGAUGACGACGAUGAUAACUGGAACAACUCUGGGACAAUGGUGGUAAAGACCGAUAGAAGUAGUAAUCAGAAGAAACCCUUGGUUGAUAAGGAUGAAUCGAGCUCGAGGAAGGGAUAUGAUGUCGAUGAUGAUGAUGAUGAUGAUGAUGAGGAAGAUGAACCCGGCGAUGGUGAUUUCUCGACUUUUGUUGUGAGACCUACUGGUAAGAAGAGAGAGUCUGUCUCCGGGACAGUUGUCAGGCGGACUAGUGGUGGUGUAGAGACUAACACGAUGAGUAGGGCGGUUGCAAGUAUGCAGGCGGCAGGUGCCUCUUUCCAUAAUGAUGCUAAUCUUUAUGUACAGAGAUCCAGUAAAGUUUCGUCAAGUUCCAUUCCUGAAAGUGUCACCAGAGAAGAUCCUUCUAUUAAGUACGAAUUGCUUAAUGAACUGGGCAAGGGCUCUUAUGGUGCUGUUUAUAAAGCAAGAGACUUGUUCACUUCAGAGAUGGUUGCUAUCAAAGUUAUCUCAUUGACUGAAGGGGAAGAGGGUUAUGAAGAAAUCCGUGGAGAAAUCGAGAUGUUACAGCAAUGUUGUCAUCCAAAUGUAGUUAGAUACCUGGGAAGCUACCAGGGAGAAGAAUAUUUAUGGAUAGUUAUGGAGUACUGUGGGGGUGGUAGUGUAGCUGACUUGAUGAGUGUUACUGAUGAUCCACUUGAAGAGUGUCAAAUAGCUUAUAUUUGCAGGGAAGCAUUAAAGGGAUUAUCUUAUUUGCAUUCAAUUUUUAAAGUACAUAGAGAUAUUAAAGGAGGAAACAUUUUGUUGACUGAACAGGGCGAGGUCAAGUUGGGUGAUUUUGGGGUUGCAGCACAAUUGACAAGAACCAUGUCGAAGCGUAAUACGUUUAUUGGAACACCCCAUUGGAUGGCUCCAGAAGUUAUUCAAGAGAAUCGUUAUGAUGUAAAGGUGGAUGUCUGGGCUCUUGGAGUGUCAGCUAUUGAAAUGGCUGAGGGGUUUCCUCCUCGGUCCACAGUUCAUCCAAUGAGGGUUUUGUUUAUGAUAUCGAGUGAACCAGCUCCAAUGCUCUCAGACAAGGAAAAAUGGUCUCUUGUGUUCCAUGACUUUAUAGCUAAGUGCCUUACAAAAGAACCACGGUUACGUCCUACUGCAACCGAGAUGUUAAAGCACAAAUUUAUCGAAAGAUGCAAAUCUGGUCCAUCUGUGAUGUCGCCGAAGAUUGAGAAGGCCUGGCAGGCUAGAGCUUCUAUGAUCGAACAAACACAAAAUACUUCUCCGGGCACCUCCUUCAUACCAGGAGAAGAUGAAAUAGGAGGUCCAAAAAUAAACGUAGACUAUGGAGGUACGGUCCCAUCUAGGCCUCAAGAUGGUGGAUCCCAAGCUGCUGGAGCAGGCGGGUCUUCUAUGAGUAGAACCAUCAAACGGCCUAUGGGAAAUGUGACUGAAGGGGACUUCGGAACUGUUGUCAUUCAUGCUGGGGCUGAGAAAGGAGGAUCAUCCUUGCAAACAACAAUUCCUCGGGCAGGUCAAACUUCAUCUGGAUCACAACUUGUUGAAGCUCCCAUCAGUGGUGCAAAACGUGGUUCUACUGAUCCCAGGAUGCCAAAUGCUAUUGAAUCUGAAGCAAAGGGCCCAUCACAGUUUCUAGCUCAUCAAACAAUUAAAGUGUCUUCAUCUUCACCUGCAUCACAAAACCUUAGACUAGACAGCCUCGCUCAAGAACAGGUUGGAAUUGGCUCAACAGUAAGCAGUUCAUUGAAGAACGACACCGUCAGUAGAAGAGCUAUGGAUAAGCUUUGGUCAAUCUAUACGGCUGGUAAUACCGUUCCUAUUCCAUUUUUGAGAGCAACCGAUAUUUCUCCCAUCGCACUUCUAUCCGACAAUGUUCUUAAAGGUGGAGAAAUGACUACCGGAGGUUCAACUGCCAUGGAAGCAUUGCAGGAGCUUUUUACUUGCGAUGGCCAGUCGAAAAAGGGAAGAAGGGGACAAAACGAGGUGCCUCUUCCACCAAGCGUCUACAAGAGACUUACAUCAAGCUCUACAUUAAUGAAUCUCGCCCAGGCUUUGGCUUACCAUAAAUCGUGUUAUGAAGAGAUGCCCCUUCAAGAGAUGCAAGCAUCAGAAGAGCAACAAACCACUCAGAAUCUUUCAGAUACUUUGAGAACUAUUUUGCGCUUAUAAUCUCAAUAAUUUUUGUUGUCUUUCAAAAGAAUUGAUUUGCUUAGUCUCUCUAACUUGGUACAUAGAAGUCGAAAGAGAAUCACUACAUCAACAGCUUGCACUUCUCGGAAUGAUAUAUCAUUCUCUAAAACUAAAAUCUCAAAUUGUGUCAAAUUUUCUUAGUUUGCAGACAAAUAUUUAAUACCUGGUUUCAGAAGAAACAUUUUUUUAUGUUAAUACUUUUCGUAUGUUAUUUUAUCACUGUUUAAUUCGUUUUAACUGUCCUUGUUACGGUUAUGAGUUAAUUUCUUUUACCAUACU